UGUCAUUGCGAGGCGGGACUUCCGGCGCAGCCAUUGCGGUCCUCAUUUUGCGGCUAGUGGGUUGGGUUACAAGAGGCCUCUGGAGCCAGACUAGGGCGCGGGAGUGGGUGCAGGUACCGUCACCGCGCCUUGACACGCACCAUAGUCCCCGGCUAAUUACUCUGCUUUUAUGAGCCAAGGUGUUCCCGAAAGUGGAGCCAGCGUCACGCGUCUCCAGGGUCCCCAUACCCAGCGUUCGUCCCUGCGGUGCCCGGAGGCCUUGCGCGCAUUUUGUAUUCGGGAAGACAGGUCCUGAGUGCGACCGUCACCCAGCGGAAGUGUGAGGGUUCGGCCCAGCGGCAGGGCUAGCCCUGGCGCCUCCUGUUAUGGCCCUGCCCAGCCCACAGGUUCCAAUGGGGUUGCCAGCGUCGCUGAUGGGCCCGGCGCAGCAUACUUGUUGGCCCUGUGGCUCAGCUGUCCACACAUUGAAGAGCCUGGUAACCUUUGAAGAUGUGGCUGUAUAUUUCUCCCAGGAGGAGUGGGAGCUCCUUGAUGCAGCCCAGAGGCACCUGUACCACACUGUGAUGCUGGAAAACCUUGAGCUCGUGACCUCACUUGGUUGUUGGCAUGGAGUAGAGGGUGAGGAGGCCCAUCCUGAGCAGAAUGUUUCUGUAGAAGUGUUACAGGUCAGGAUCCCUAAUGCAGAUCCUUCCACCAAGAAAGCUAACUCCUGUGACAUGUGUGGGCCAUUCUUGAAAGACAUUUUGCACCUGGCUGAGCAUCAGGGAACACACUCGGAGGAGAAACCCUACACAUGUGGAGCAUGUGGGAGAGACUUUUGGUUGAAUGCAAACCUUCACCAGCACCAGAAGGAGCAUAGUGGAGGGAAGCCCUUUAGAUGGUCCAAGGACAGGGACGCACUUAUGAAGCGCUCUAAAGUCCACCUGUCAGAGAACCCCUUCACUUGCAGGGAAGGUGGGAACGUCAUCCUGGGCAGCUGUGACCUCCUCCAGCUUCAAGCUGUUGACAGCGGGCAGAAGCCAUAUUCCAAUCUUGGGCAGCUUCCAGAAGUCUGUACCACACAGAAACUCUUUGAGUCCAGCAACUGUGGAAAAGCCUUCCUGAAGAGCUCGACUCUCCUCAACCAUCUGAGAACUCACUCUGAAGAGAUACCAUUUACAUGCCCAACAGGUGGAAAUUUCUUAGAGGAGAAAUCAAUCCUUGGUAAUCAAAAAUUUCACACUGGAGAAAUACCCCAUGUGUGUAAGGAGUGUGGGAAGGCCUUUAGUCACUCAUCUAAGCUGAGAGAGCACCAGAAAUUUCACACUGAAGUAAAAUAUUAUGAGUGCAUUGCAUGUGAGAAAACCUUCAACCACAAACUCACAUUUGUUCAUCAUCAGAGAAUUCACUCAGGAGAAAGACCUUAUGAGUGCAGUGAAUGUGGGAAAGCCUUCAGUAACAGAUCACACCUCAUUCGGCAUGAGAAAGUUCACACUGGAGAAAGGCCUUUUGAGUGCCUGAAAUGUGGAAGAGCCUUCAGCCAAAGCUCCAAUUUCCUUCGGCAUCAGAAAGUUCAUACACAGGUAAGACCUUAUGAGUGCGGUCAAUGUGGUAAAUCCUUCAGCCGAAGCUCUGCUCUCAUUCAGCACUGGAGAGUUCACACUGGAGAAAGACCGUAUGAAUGCAAUGAGUGUGGAAGAGCUUUUAACAAUAACUCCAACCUUGCUCAGCACCAGAAAGUUCACACCGGCGAACGGCCUUUUGAGUGCAGUGAAUGUGGAAGAGACUUCAGCCAAAGCUCCCAUCUCCUUCGACAUCAGAAAGUUCACACUGGAGAACGGCCUUUUGAAUGCAGUGAUUGUGGUAAAGCCUUCGGUAAUAGCUCCACCCUCAUCCAGCACCAGAAAGUACAUACUGGGCAAAGGCCUUAUGAGUGCAGCGAAUGUAGGAAAUCCUUCAGCCGCAGCUCCAGCCUGAUUCAGCACUGGAGAAUUCACACUGGAGAAAAGCCUUAUGAGUGUAGUGAGUGUGGGAAAGCCUUCGCUCACAGCUCCACUCUCAUUGAACACUGGAGAGUUCACACAAAAGAAAGGCCUUAUGAGUGCAAUGAAUGUGGGAAAUUCUUUAGCCAAAACUCCAUUCUCAUUAAGCAUCAGAAAGUUCAUACUGGAGAAAAGCCUUAUAAAUGCAGUGAAUGUGGGAAAUUCUUUAGCCGAAAAUCUAGCCUUAUUUGUCACUGGAGAGUUCACACUGGAGAAAGGCCUUAUGAAUGCAGUGAAUGUGGGAGAGCCUUUAGCAGUAACUCCCACCUGGUUCGUCAUCAGAGAGUUCACACACAAGAAAGGCCCUAUGAGUGCAUCCAGUGUGGAAAAGCGUUUAGUGAAAGAUCUACGCUUGUUCGGCACCAGAAAGUUCACACUAGAGAAAGGACUUAUGAGUGUAGCCAGUGUGGGAAACUCUUCAGCCAUCUUUGUAACCUUGCACAGCAUAAAAAGAUUCAUACCUGAGUGGAGCCUUAUGGAAGUGGCCUUUGUGAGAAAAUCUUCAGCCAAGUCAAACUUCAUGCAGCAGAAUCCCCAUACCAGAAAAAUUACCUACAUGUACUGCUAAUGUGGAAAAGCCUUCAGAAGCUACUCUGUUUCUGAACAGCCCAGGAACCUUUGCAGGGCCAUCUCACCCAUGCAGCAUAAGGCAGAAGCCAUAGUCACUUUCCAUCUUGCCUGGAUCCAAAAACUUGCAGCAGUCCUGUCCUCAUGCAUGGGGAAAACAGUACCCUGAGCCUUCCUUCCCGUGUCCUGUAGGGAUUCAGGACUGUCCUCAGCUCAAUGGAAUGGUUUAAUUCCCAUUGCCUCUGAGAGGGUUAGGCAGUGAACUGAACUGAUGCUGGUUGAGGGACCUUGAGGGAAAUCUAAUUUGAGCUCAGGAAGAUGCGCAUUCCUUGUGGAUGUGGUCAAGUCUGUGUUUAACCCCUAAGAUGUGUCCAUUGAGGCCACAAAUCACCCUCCACUGGAAUCACCUACCUUGCCUGCACUAACUGGUGAUAAUAAAGACCUUAUUGAUCAGGUCA